GACGGAUAGCGGCUAAGGUUACAUUGGUUCCUGGUAGGCCUGUCAGUCUCCACUUGAGAGCUGACAGAACAGGGCGGAAGGAAGGCGGGCAUUCACAUUUAUUGAUCCGCAAGAUUUCAAUUACACGGGCCAUAAUCUAUCGAUGGCUGAGAUCAGCAUCUUAGUAACAUAAGCUAUAUUUACAUGACCUUACCCAUUCGCCUAUUACCCCAGAUGUCCUAAGCCUCAUCGGGACGCUUCUGAUGUCUGAGGUAAACGCAUACGACAAUUAAGGGGCGAGUUGUAGGGAAUAGAUAGACGAGACUGCCGGCACUAAAAACCAAAGACUUAAAUAGAUAGGUUAGGUUCCCACCAGAAAUAUUCAAGACUUAGAAACGUCUUAAGAGAACAUCGUCUUCUACCCCCUGCCGGUAACUCACUACUUGCUUAUUUGUCGAGUUCAUCAUACAAAUAUGAAAACCACGACUGCAAUCAUUGCUGCGUUGGCCUCUGCUGGAAAUGUCCAAGCUCACGUAGCCGCGUGGGUGAAGGGUAUGUACUGUCUGAACGGUACGACACCCGGAAAAGAAGACCCGAACACAAACGUCGCUGUUAAUCCCCUAUUUGAACUCCCCAAGAGUAAAUGGUGGAUGCAGGCGGAUCGUAACUGCGACAAGUUCCCUCCCGCUGACGGAGACUCUCUCGCUCUUCCGGCCGGCGGAUCAUUUACCGUCGAGCUAGCUCACAACCGCGCCCAGACCACCCUUUCCUUCGACGGGAAAUUCACCUCGGAAUGGCCAGACGGAAGGAAUCACCCUGAGGAUUGGCAUAGCCCUCUACCUCCUGACCCUAACAAGUGUCUCGACGCUAACCGUGACGAGUUUGGCGGUGCUAUGCAUACACAUAACGAGACAGACUCGGCCGGCAGCGCUUUUGCCAUCUCGUAUAACUCCGAUAUUUCCAAGGUCACCAUGGAGAACUUAGCCGUUUUCACUGUCUUAAAGCAUACCCCCUGGAAACGUCUGGCGACUUACCAAGUUCCCAAGGACCUCCCUCCCUGCCCAGCAGGUGGUUGCUACUGCGCAUGGCUUUGGGUUCCAAGCGGAUGCGGUGAACCGAACAUGUAUAUGCAAAACCUCAGGUGCCAUGUUACCAACUCUCAAUCUACAAAGAAGGUGGCCUCAGCCAAGCCUGCAGUAUUGUGCGACGACAAUAAGACGCCGUGUGUCGAGGGAGCCAAGCAGAUGAUUGCCUGGAACCGUGAGUCUCCCUCCCCUCUCAUCUUGCCUGUAUAGUAGCUAUUGCUACAUAGGAUAUCAUUCUCACACAAUGACCAGAGCAAGAUGGUAACAAUAUCGUUACCGCCCCCGGAGUCAACCCAGGCUAUAACGAGAAGAUGGGUUGGGCCAACGGUGCCCAGAACGACAUUUUCGAGUAAUGCGAUCCGUGGCCUUGUAGGGAUGAGACAUCGUCGCGUUGGGGUUCUUUUUUUUAGUAAGAAUGGACGAUCGUUUCUUGGUCUGCUUACUCCAAAGAGAAAUUGCUUGAGUUUAAACUAGAGCUGUCUAUUGUUAUCGUGGUUACGACCGCGUACUUUCCAUUCUUGUUGUAUAUAUUUCCUAGUACCUCGGUAUACUUGGUAGAUUGCAUAUAGACGUUUUCGUACUCCACUCGUUUAUCAUUCCAAGCGAAAUGUCGCAAUUAAAGAGAUACUCUUCGAUUGACGUAUAAGGCUUUUGGCAACGUACCGAUCAGAUAGGUCCUCGAAAUUCGAGUAGCCUACCUUGUAGCAUAACUCACGUACCUACUAUGUAGGUAGUUUGAAUAGUUUGCAGAUGGUACGUGU